AUGUCAUGGCUCACGUGCACCGGUUUCAUCUUCCUGGCAAAGUUCCAUUUUGCGACAGGAAUCAGCUGGCAAAAUGAAGUCAAUGUCUCGAUCUGCAAUUGGGCGCAGCUUCGCGCCAAUAUUGUGCGAGACACCAUUUACCUUGACGGCGGGGAUAUUUGGUGGCAGAUUGGACUGUCUGACGGGACUUAUGGAAGUCCUCAGAGUAACAAUGAAGAUGGCGGCUCAAUGUACAGCCUCGCUCUGGGCAGUUCCUUCAACCAGCAAACAAACAUGACAGGCCUGCUUCAGGCUAUGGCUAAGAAUGGAGGCACCUCAACGGCCAACGUGAACCCCAACUACGACGACGGGGUGAUGUUUGCCAACGACGAUGAAUUCAUACUAUAUGGAGGACUAGCUCGGUUGACCAACAGCGAGAAUCCCCCACCUGCAGACGUGAUCUUGGGAUAUGAAGUCCACGAAUAUUCCACGAAUAUUCCCAACUGGGAGUCAGGAUUCCUACAAAAGAGUAUCGACAACGAUGUGACUAGAUACGUCACUAAUGGUGCCGGCGUCUCUGCUCCAAGCGAAAACCUGGGCUUCUACUUUAGCGGCAUGCGUGGGCCAGGCUGGGGGAGGAUCGAAGGAGGCGAUGAGUCGGCCAACACGACUGCGGAGAGUUUUAUUACUGUUAAUAUGGAGACCAUGAGACUUGAGACAUGGAAAAAUAUGAGUUUGCCGACGAGUGUUGCGCCCCGAGCAAAUGCAGAGCUAGUCUGGCUUCCGGUGUCCGAGUCAGGGGUAUUAGUCGCAAUUGGAGGAGUCAUCAAUCCUGAAAUUCUGACUGCUGAUCGGAAUUUGACGGCAGAACAAUUCAAAGCAAGUAAUAAGACAAGUCCGACGUUCAUGUCCGAAAUCCCGGUCUACGAUGUUGCCUCUCAGACAUGGUUCUCGCAGAGUACAACUGGUGACAUUCCACCUCAGUUGACAAUGUUCUGCUCAGUCGUCGCAGCGGCAGCAGACCGCAGUUCUUUCAACAUUUACAUAUACGGAGGCUAUGACGGAGUCAGUGCUGAGAGUCUGCCGUCAGAUGACGUUUACAUCCUUUCGAUUCCAUCAUUUACUUGGAUCAAGGCGUAUUCCGGGAAGUACGCUCACGGUCGUAGUGGGCACAAGUGCUUGCAGGUAUACCCAGACCAGAUGUUUGUUCUCGGCGGCAUCUUCAAGAAUGACCCAACAAUAUGUCUGGACGGAGCAUUUGUGCAAGUAUUCAACCUCAACACACUUGAGUUUCAGAAGACGUAUAGUCCACAGAACUGGAGCAAUUACUCUGUUCCAGCAGCUGUUACUUCUCGAAUUGGGGGCACUGGAAAUGGUGGUGCUACCAAGAUGUCACCUCCUUCAUGGAACAACAACAAUUUGUCGAAUAUAUUUUCCACCGCUUACACAAAGCCUAUCAACACAUACUAUCCGUACUUGUUAGAAAUCACAAACUCAACAAAACCGGGCACAGAAACGAAAUCUUCAGGAUUAUUAAUGCCGCUCUGGGUCAAAGCAAUCAUCGGAGUCUUUGCAGGGCUCGGUUGUAUUGCCCUUGGACUAGCUGCAUGGUUUAUAUAUCAGUGGAUUCAGCGGCGCAAGCAAUCGGAUAUAGCAACCACUAUCAUGUCUUCUUCUAUACGAAAGAGUAGUCCGGACAUCUCGUCAACGACGGAGGAAACAAAUACAAACUACUCCAGCCUGUCGACGACGCCAAUGACCGGCGUAUCCUCUCUUUCUCGAGAAAAGGGAUCAGAGACUAGCAACACAGAGAUAAGCGUGGGAAUGCCAGUGAGCCAGGCCGAUAGCGUGCCAAUAUUUGAACUAGAUUCGCGGUCGAGGAAAUGGGUCGAAUUGCCAGCUGAAGGGUGCGAAGUAGGACGGCCAUCUUCAACCGGCCGCAACCACCGAGAUCUCAAGAAUCUCAAGAUCAGCCUACCGCCUGAAAGCAAGCCUACCAUGUCCGAAUCGGUUCAAAACACGCCAAUAAAAUUGCAAGAACAAGGGUUUGGUGAGAAAGUGCCAACACCGAUGUGGGCACCGACGCCGAUUUUUUCGCAGGAAAAUUUCCCAGUUGGGAGCACAACGGGGAGUGUGUCGAUAUCCGACAUUACUGAGCACAGCAACGAUAGUGAGAGUAAGCAUGAGACGCCAUCAACGGUGGAAUCUUUCGUGCAGUAUUAUGAUCCUCAAGCGCGAGCGCAGGCGCAGGCGCAGCGGAGUUCGUUCGGAAGGAAGUGCGGAGGAGAACAGGAAAGGGAGAAGUCACUGCUUAUCAUGCUCAUCAAGGAAUCCCACGUGGACGUGCCCACCAAGGCAUCUGGCCAGGAUGGGUCAAUGCUGACUGGCCCAGUCGCCAGGUUCGCAAGACAAAUAGCCGGCCAGGGCUAUAUUUGCGUCGCCCCGUCGAGUUACCACGAAUUCACGGGUCCUGAAGCUCUCAAGUACGAUGCUGAGGAUACCGACAAGGGCAAUUUGUGGAAGAUUUCCAAGAAAGUCGCAGCUUACGACGAAGAUGCCUCGUUGUCUGUAGACUACCUCUUGUCGCUGCCAACAUGCAACGGCCGCGUCGGCGCUACUGGAAUGUGUCUCGGUGGACACCUGGCAUAUCGAUGUGCGCUUGACCAGCGAGUCAAGGCUGCGGUGUGUUAUUUUGCGACUGAUGUUCAUAGUGGGACGCUUGGCGAGGGGAAGAAAGAUGAUAGUCUGGCGCGCGCUGGAGAUAUCAAGGGAGAAUUGGCUAUGAUAUUCGGAAAGAGUGACAACCACGUCCCUCCAGAAGGACGGGAUUUGAUCCGCAAGACAUUGCAUGAGAAGGGCGUCUUGUUCAGUUUCUAUGAAGUUGCCUGGGCUCAACACGCCUUCAUCCGCGAUGAACUCAGCAAAGGACGAUUGUUCACACCGACUCCGUUUACUGCCUUCUUCCACACCUUCGACACUCUAAAAUCCAACACUCGGUUAUCUUCGUCUGCUGAUCAAAGUGGUCAGCGCCCAGUCAAAAUGAGGGACCCCCUCGCCCAAGAGGAAAUCCUCUCUCGCCAGGCCGACAUCCUAUACCAGCGAGACCAGUACCGCAUCCAGCGCGGCCCACGAAUCGUCUAUCUCUCCAUCUACGGCUUCGACGUCCUCCCCUCUCAACGAGGCGGUACCUACGACGACAUUCUACAAGACCUGAGCGACCUUGUGCCCGCAAUCUGGCGCCACAACGAAUGGCGCACCGCCAUCCUGCGCAAAAACACGGUUUCGGGAGAAAUCGAUUGUCAGACAGACCCGGUGGCGCCUCAUUGUAUGGACUGCAACGUGCUGCGCGUGCUGGAGCUGUGUCCCGUGUACAUCAACGUGCUGGAUUUGAUCGAGGUGAAGCGGCUAAAGGACAGGGUAUCGCGUGUGGCUCUGCUGCAGGAACCGACCAACAUACCGAUUUUCAUGAUCAUGAAGAUGGCCAGUUUCCCGCGCGAUGUGUGUGCGAUGCAGCGCGAGGUUGAAGUGUAUGCGCAUUUGUUUGCCACGGCAGCAAACAAUCUCGCCCCUGAUUUCCUGGGGUAUGUCUACGAAGAACACCAGGACCGAGUAGUCGGGUUUUUAAUGGAGGAUUUCGAGGGUCGAUGGGCAAGCGCUGAUGACCUGGAAGAGUGCUUUGACAUAGUCACAGACCUGCACAAUGUUGGCGUGAUCCACGGCGACUUGCGUCCGAGCAAUUUCAUUGUGCAUGAGGAUUUCGGUGUGCGUUUAGUGGAUUUUGAGUCUGCGGUGAUAUAUCGAACGGGCAAUGCGUUUGUGGACCAGGAGGCGCUGCAGGAAAAGAAGGAUGAUGAGAUUCGUCAGAUUGAGACGCUUCUCCUUGGGAGCCCGGGGCCGUCGGUGUCUUAA